CUUGUCGAUGAAUCUAAGAUGCGGUCAAUUUGUUGCUUUGAAACAAAAUUUAAAUAUUUUUCGGAUUACAUUACUUCAACGUAGAUAAAAUGUUUCUAUAUGACGUAGUACUAUAUCGGAGAUGCAAAGAAAGAAGGACAAAAAGAUUGUGGGAAGAAUUCUAUAGGUCAGACGUACAUUCUAAACUCGACGUUUUCACUUUCACAUUACCAGUAUUGUUGUAAACGAGUAGUAACGAGUAAUCAUUAGUAAUAUAGCAAAGACUUAAACAGUUUUGCAAAACAGUAUUUCUAAUUUCACUUUGUAAUUACGAAAAUGAUACAGUUGAGAUGGAUUUGGAAAAUUAUUUUUCGAUGUACAAUGCUUGUCCUGUAUACUCAGUUUGAGAUAUUUAAUGCUGUAAACUCUAUGAAGGCAAGCUUUUCAUGUUUAAACCGAACUGCUGGUUUUUACGCAGAUGUUAAUGCUAGUUGUAAAAUAUAUCAUACUUGUGAUGAAUAUGGAAAUAAAUUUACUUACCAAUGUCCUGAGGAAACUGCUUUUCGACAAGAUGCUUUGAUAUGUGAUCAUGCUCAUCUUGUUCAAUGUCAAGGAAAUACUCUUACUAAUACAAAAGAAUAUAUUAAAGAAAAAGAGGGCAAUAAUUCUGAUGCGAAAAAUUCAGUACAUAAGAAUCGAUCCUUUUCUCAUUCCUUUCACGUGACACAACCAAGAAAAAUGAAUGAUGGAGAAAGACAUGGAUCUGUCUUUAAUGCAACACAUCUUUUUAUGGAUCUUAAUAAGACAAAACCCACUGAAAAGGAUAUAAGAAGUUCAUUUUAUUCAUUUAAUUAUAUUACUUCUACUACAAGUAUUCCUAUUAAUUAUUCUAUAAAUACUAGAAUACAAUCUACGCACAAUGAAAAUGCAUUAAGAAAAAAUGAAAAUUAUUCUAUUCAAAGUCAAAACUUUCAUGAAAAAAAUAAACUUAAUGAAAAGCCAAGAUCAAAUCAAAAAGAUUAUUUAUAUCAAAAAAUAAAUGAUGCUUCGUACAAAACUCAAGAGAAUAAUAUAAACUAUCAAGCUACAAAGAAUCCUAUUGAUCUUUUAAAAUUGCCAUCUAUAAAUUAUAGAAAUUAUCCGUAUUUAGAAACACUGAAAUCUAUACAAAAAAAUACAAAAAUUCCUUCUACUACAGCCCGUAGUAUAACAGCAAGUAUAUCUAUUACAGAAUUACCUGUAUAUGCUUUAACAUUAUCAUUAAAACCUUUAAUACCAAGUGAACUAGAAUAUGAUCCUUACUAUCCAAAAUUUUCAACGACAACAGAAUCUUAUUAUACUUCUACACACAAUCUGAAAGAAUGGCCUCGCGUUAGAAAUUCCAGUCAAAUACUACAGGCAACUAUUCAUCUUAAACUUCCAUCAGUUUUACCAGAUUUAAAUUCUUUAGAUGACAUUGUCGAUCGUAGAAAGUUACUGUACAUUCCACGAAUUAAAUUUAAUUAAUAUAAUUAUCAUCUUAGUAUUAGAUAUAUAAAUUUUACAAGAUUAUUCACUUUACAAAAUCAGUUACAUGUAAGAAUAUUAAUAUACUCAAAAAUAUAUUAAAAAUAAUUUAUAACACGAAAA